AUGGCCAAUUUGCCGACCGCCGCGUUUGCGCCGGGCGCACAGGACUUCAACACUACCCCUGAAGCUUCUUUGCAAGACCACUCGAAUGCCGAUAAUAGCCUUCUGACCGAUGGCACUGGGGUUGGAGACAGCAACUAUGUACCUCGCCCGAAGCGGAUCGCCUGCGUUGUCUGUCGUCGAAGAAAGCUUCGAUGUGAUGGGAAACGGCCAAGCUGCGGGACAUGUUCGCGACUUGGGCAUGAAUGCGCAUAUGACGAAGUGCGCAAGAAGAGCGGGCCAAAACGUGGAUAUGUGAAGCAACUAGAAGCCCGACUCGCUCAAGUCGAAACGCUUCUGAAAGGCCAGGAUGCAGAGCCAGCACCCCGACAGCCUUCACCUCAACCCCGUGAAACAUCAUUCGGCGCGCCAGUUAAUGAAGAAUCAAUACUUGGAUUGUCAGAUGCUGCGGCCUUUGCGGCCGAUCCUGCAAUGCAAAUUCCGCAACUGGCGUCUGGCUUUGGACCGUCUCAAUCGACUCAGCACAUGUUUCCAAGUGCGAUGGAUCCGCCCGCUCCAUCAUCCUGGGACUUACUCAGUCUGGGAUUGGAGGAGCCUCUUCCUAGACAAGACGUGAUAGACGAACUGGACAACAUAUUUUUCGACAAAAUCUGGCACAUAGCGCCGUUCAUUCACAGGCCCAGAUACUAUGCGAGCCUCAAUCUCGCUCCUCACAUGCGCCCUCCAAUCUGUCUGCGGUAUAUGAUGUGGUGCCAUGCGGCAUCAGUCACCGAUAAAUACUUCAAUCUGCAUCAUCAUUUCUAUCAACGCGCCCGUAAAUACGCGGAGAUGGACGAGAUGAAAGGCUUUGGCGAGAAUGUCAUAAGCUUGGCACAUUGUCAAAUGUGGAUUCUUGCAGGCUCAUACGAGUUCCGAAUGAUCUAUUUCCCCCGCGCAUGGCUGAGUGUAGGCAAAGCAACGCGAUUGGCACUCAUGCUAGGCCUCAAUCGCCUCGAUGGUACCGGACUUGAUGUGAAGCAGUCUAUAAUACCACCAAAGGACUGGACCGAGCGUGAGGAACGUCGCCGAACCUUCUGGAUGGCUUUCUGUGUCGAUCGAUAUUCUAGUGUUGGCACAGGAUGGCCGAUGGUCAUCGAUGAGGACGAUAUCAUGACCAAUUUGCCCUCCUCGGACGAGGCAUUCAUGAAAAGCCAGCCUCAAAACACCCAUCGUCUCGAUGACAUUAUAGUCGGCGACGGCGUGUCGACGAUGGCGCCGUUCGCCUGUGUUUGUGUCCUGGCCAGCUUGAUGGGGCGGAACCUUGUGCACAUCCACCGAACACAACCACAAGACAAUGAUCAUGACUUAAAUGGCGAAUUCUGGAAGCGGCAUCGAAGCAUUGACAAUAUACUCCUACACAUCUCACUCUCGCUGCCAGAACACCUUCGAAUUCCGAACGGCCUGGAAGACGUCAAUGUCAUCUUCAGCAACAUGAGUAUUCAUACGUCUACCAUUUGCCUUCAUCAAGCUGCAAUCUUCAAGGCCGAGAAGAACAAAAUGGCCAACCAGAUCAUAACCGAAAGUAAACGCAGAUGCCUCGUGGCAGCCAAUCAGAUAUCAAGUAUUAUGAAGAUGGUUUGCCAUAUGAAUUUGGUUCUCUUGAAUCCUUUUAUGUCUUUUUCUUUGUAUAUCGCAGCGCGAGUAUUUGUGCAAUACUUGAAGUCACGGCCUGAAGAUUCUGCAGUCUAUUCCUCGCUGCAGUUUGUUGUCUCAGCGCUGAAUGCGAUGAAAUCAAAAAAUCCCCUCACGGAAUCUUUCCUCGUGCAACUUGAUGUUGACCUGGAAGGCACCGGAAUUCGCGCUUUGGAUUCUUUCAAGAAUGGGUCUGGGCUCAGCCGAGUCGCGAAAGUCAUGAACGCGUAUUGCGCGGACGGCCAAGCUACUCCUGCGUAUCCGGUCAUGAAUUCGCGAAGCCAGAGCGCCUACACUGUCUCCUCCGAGAAUGGCUUGAAAACAACCACAUCGACUUGUUCAUACACGCCAGGACUGACUACCUCGCUACCUAGUAGACAGAGAGACACGACAAACGUCGCAGCUGAGAAAAGCUCACUUUGCAGCGACUCGCAGAUGUUUUAUCCCCGCCCUGGCCGAAGUCCGAAUGGUCUUUCAGAUGGAUCAGGCCAAGGGACCCUGGACGGCGACAUGGAUUUCUCUCCAGACUUUGGUCACAGUGACCGAAAUCCUCCAUCCGAUCAUCCUACGCCUUCGACCCUGAAUUCGUCGUCUAACACAUCCUACGCUGUCACUGGAGCUGAAAACCCUUCGCCUGGCAAAAGACACGCGAGCACCUCGUCGCUGUACCAACCUCAACCUUCCGCCAUAACGAUGAACAAGCCAGAAUCUGCUCAAAUUUCUCCUAUCACUGCAGACGGGACACAAGCAAUUGAUAUGUCAUCUCUUGCUGGACAAGCCUAUACAGCCGGUCCCAUCGACGCACUGGGAGCAGCGGGCCUCCCUGACAUAUAUAACACAGCUAAUCGAUGGGACAUCACCAACACUUGUCAAGGCAUUAGCAAUCUUGACUAUGAUGUCGUCAAUUUGGACACUUUUGUCGACGCGGAAUGGGCUCAAACAAUGGUCGCACAGAAUCUCAACGGUUGGGAGAACUGGCAACAGUCAUAA